UUAAUGUGUUAAGAGCCAUUGGCAUUUGAAGAUCAUCAGAAGUGAGGAUAAAACAUCUCAAAAAUUAUAAUUGCCUCUACUUCUCAUUCAGAGAAUUCAGUGCAUACAAAAUCAGCUUCUGUUAUAUCAUCAGAUUCCAUUUCAACUUCUGCAGAAAACUUUUCUCCUGAUUUGAGGGUCCUGAGGGAGUCUAACAAAUUAGCAGAAAUGGAAGAACCACCCUUGCUUCCAGGAGAAAAUAUUAAAGACAUGGCCAAAGAUGUAACUUACAUAUGUCCAUUCACUGGUGCUGUCCGAGGAACACUGACUGUCACGAAUUACAGGCUGUAUUUCAAAAGCAUGGAGCGGGACCCCCCGUUUGUUUUAGACGCUUCUCUUGGUGUGAUAAGUAGAGUAGAAAAAAUUGGCGGUGCUUCUAGCCGAGGUGAAAAUUCUUACGGAUUAGAAACUGUGUGCAAGGAUGUUAGGAAUUUACGAUUUGCUCAUAAACCUGAGGGGCGAACAAGAAGAUCCAUAUUUGAGAAUCUGAUGAAAUAUGCAUUUCCUGUCUCUAAUAACCUGCCUCUGUUUGCUUUUGAAUACAAAGAAGUAUUUCCAGAAAAUGGAUGGAAGCUGUAUGACCCUCUUCUAGAGUACAGAAGGCAGGGAAUUCCAAAUGAGAGCUGGCGAAUAACGAAGAUAAAUGAGCGAUACGAGCUUUGUGAUACCUACCCUGCGCUCUUGGUUGUGCCGGCGAAUAUUCCUGAUGAAGAAUUAAAGAGAGUGGCGUCCUUUAGGUCAAGAGGCCGUGUCCCAGUCCUAUCGUGGAUCCAUCCCGAGAGCCAAGCCACGAUCACGCGGUGCAGCCAGCCCAUGGUGGGCGUGAGCGGGAAGCGCAGUAAGGAAGAUGAGAAGUACCUGCAGGCUGUCAUGGACUCCAACGCCCAGUCUCACAAGAUCUUUAUAUUUGAUGCCCGGCCGAGCGUUAAUGCUGUUGCCAAUAAGGCCAAGGGUGGAGGUUAUGAAAGCGAAGAUGCUUAUCAGAAUGCAGAGCUGGUUUUUCUGGAUAUCCACAACAUUCACGUUAUGAGAGAGUCGUUGCGAAAACUGAAGGAGAUCGUGUAUCCGAGUAUCGAGGAGGCGCACUGGCUGUCGAACUUGGAGUCGACGCACUGGCUGGAGCACAUUAAGCUUAUUCUUGCAGGGGCUCUUAGGAUUGCCGACAAGGUAGAGUCGGGGAAGACUUCUGUUGUGGUGCACUGCAGUGAUGGCUGGGAUCGGACGGCUCAGCUAACUUCCCUUGCUAUGCUCAUGUUAGAUGGGUACUAUCGGACUCUCCGAGGGUUUGAAGUCCUUGUGGAGAAAGAGUGGCUAAGCUUUGGACAUCGAUUCCAGCUAAGGGUUGGCCAUGGAGAUAAGAACCAUGCAGAUCCAGACAGAUCACCUGUUUUCCUUCAGUUUAUCGACUGUGUCUGGCAGAUGACAAGACAGUUUCCUACCGCCUUUGAAUUCAAUGAGUAUUUCCUCAUUACCAUUUUGGACCACCUAUACAGCUGUUUAUUUGGAACAUUCCUCUGCAACAGUGAACAGCAGAGAGGAAAAGAGAAUCUUCCUAAAAGAACUGUGUCAUUGUGGUCUUACAUAAAUAGCCAGCUGGAAGACUUCACUAAUCCUCUGUAUGGGAGCUAUUCCAAUCAUGUCCUUUAUCCAGUAGCCAGCAUGCGCCACCUAGAGCUUUGGGUGGGCUAUUACAUAAGGUGGAAUCCACGUAUGAAACCACAGGAACCUAUUCACAGCAGAUACAAAGAACUUCUUGCUAAACGAGCAGAGCUUCAGAAAAAAGUAGAAGAACUACAAAGAGAAAUUUCCAACCGCUCAACCUCGUCCUCAGAGAGAGCCGGCUCUCCUGCACAGUGUGUCACCCCUGUCCAGACUGUUGUAUGAAGACCUUUGUAUGAAGACCUUUAGAUGAGGGCACCAUUGCUGUGAACUCUUCAUUACAAUGGCAGCUUUAUGAGUAGAAAUGCUUCCAUAUCCAACUCGUCUAUGAGAGGGAAAGUUCAGAGGCUUUAUUUAUUUUGUCUAAGACGAGUUUAGAACUACAGCAGUAUGGGUGGCUCCAUCUCUAAUUACACAAUUAUGACACUAAUCUUAUGUCACCCAAAAGAUACUAAAAUAUUUCAAUUCUGUAUCCACAGUGGAAACAAGUUCCUAAUUGAAAGUGAAAAACUUUAGGAUCUGGUAAGAGCAUUUAAAACACAGUUUACCUGUAAACACUCACUGCACAGAGGAGGAGGAGUUUUCAAACCAAAUCAACAUCAGAAUUCUGCGGUAUCA